GAGGACUGCGCGCAUUUAACUCUGGAUGACAUUUUUAUUUCGUCGUUAGAAGAAUCCGGUGCAACUCUGACGCAUUGAUCAUUGUGCCAUUUAUUAUUGGUGCGAUUAUAUACCAAGAUAGACCUACAUGCUGAUUUAGGCUACAACAACUUAUGUAUUUUUUCUUUAAUGUAAAUUAAUCCCAGCAAUCACACAUAUGACUGCAUUUGAUUGACCGCACGCUUAUGUGACCGGAAUAAAACAAUAAUAUAUUCAAUCGUUUUUUCUUCAAAUGGACAAUAAACAUUCAUCAACCGCGAUGGCAGAGACAGCACCAGAGAACCAUCCGCCCGCUAAAGAAUCAGCUUUCUCCAUCAAGAACCUACUAAACUCCGACACCAAACCUUCCAAAUCGAAGACGCUGCUUGCCACCUCCAAAGGACUAUUGGAAGGAGGCUUCUCUCUCUCUCGUAUCGGGGACUUAACUUUUCCCAGUUUUGACAUUUCUUCAGCUCAGAGAUUUGGAUUAUCGGCGCACUAUUUGGAACGAGCCUCCGCGUGGUGGUAUCCCUAUGCACUUGGCACAGCCGGAAAUAAUCUGCACAGGACUGGAGUGUCUGAGAAGGCCAUCGUGAGAGACACGCCAUCACCAUCCUCACCAGUCGGCGACCGAGAUUCACCCGAGCUGCUGCAAACGUCUUCCGAACCAGAUGUUAAAAUAGAGGACGAUGACAACAAAAGUACUGACGAUAUCGUUCUGGAGGAGAGCGAUGGGGAGGAACCAAAGAAGGAAGGAGAGUUGGUGGAGAACUGGAGAAAAAUGGAAGACGACAACUCUGAUAAAAAACCGUGCCGGAAAAAGAAAACGCGCACUGUCUUUUCAAGGAGUCAGGUGUUUCAGUUGGAGUCCACAUUCGAUAUGAAACGGUACCUCAGCAGUUCAGAAAGAGCCGGACUCGCGGCAUCCCUACACCUCACAGAGACCCAGGUGAAAAUAUGGUUUCAGAACAGGAGAAAUAAGUGGAAAAGACAGUUGGCUGCAGAGCUGGAGGCUGCUAAUUUGAGCCACGCAACAGCGCAGAGGAUUGUCCGUGUUCCUAUCUUGUACCACGAAAACGCAGGCUCAGAAACUGGAAACGCUGGGAACACGCCAGUCAGCCAGUCUUUACUAACGUUUCCCCACCAUAUGUACUAUUCACAUCCCCUGGUCACAUCCGUGCCGUUGCUGAGACCUGUUUGAGAGACUCUUGUUGUGUUCAUAUUUCUCACUGUAUUUAAACACAUGUACAAUGUAUACUUUUUGAAAAUCCAGUUUGCGUUGGAAACUAAAAGAAAACUUCUUAGUAUAUUGUGCAGGUCUGUUGAAACCAAAUGUAUUAUAAUUAUUAUUACUAUAAUUAUGGCUAUCAAGACGAUUCUUAUUAUUUUUGUCCUUGUCCAAAAACGUAUUUUUCUUCCUAUUCAAGAUGUAUUGCAAUUAAAUGAAUGUUCUGCGUCCAACUGAAUCUAUAAAUGUUUCUUUUGGUAUCAAUAUUGACCUUAUUUAAAUUAUGGAUUUAUAUGUUGUAAACAGGGUGGAAACAUAGGGCUAUAGACCCUCCACGUGGCCCAAUUAAAUUAAUUAUUAAUUAAGUAUUAAGAGAAUAUAUUAGGAUAACUUGCAUCAAUGUUUUUGUAUGUGAUAGGAUUUGUUAUGCCCAUACUUGUAUUUCAUGUUAUUAGGUGCAGUAGGUUUGCUUGACGUUUCCGAUAUGACCCUCAGCUAAACAGUCUGACUUUAAUGGUGUUCACCCAAACAGUCAGGAAAAUCAUAUAAUCGUAUUUAUAUUAACACAUAGCUAUUUAUACUUAUCACAGUGUUAUGGAAGACUGUUACUUGCUAUUAAUGAGAAAUGUAGGCUACUGUUUCAAAGGUUUCACCAAAUAACAGAUUUUCUUUUUUCACACUGUCGCUGAAUAAAUUAUGAAAUACUUUCCUUACUAUGCCGAGUGUAUUUGGAAACUUGCAAACAUAUUUUCAUGUAUAGGCUACCUUAUUAAAACACAGGACUAAGGUUCGAUAUAAUUUUUCCUAGUUUUACUUUGAAUUUGAAUCAUUUGGGCCUUAAAAAUAGCUCCACUUGCGGACACAUUUUAAUUAAAUGUUUUCAACAUGAAACGGUAGAAAAGUAUAUCACAUAACAAUAACCAAGAACGGAUUUUAAAUGUAUCACGACAAAUGUUAAUUAUUUACAGAA